AUGACGGCCCAGCAACACCUGGGCUUAGUAUCUCUGCCUAACACAUCAUAUAGCAGCACCAACUCUAUCGCUACGCCUGCAACUUCAGUGGCUCCAGAGUCUUUACAGGGCACACCCAAGUCAGAGAGGGAGAUGUUGCUUGAGAACUUGGAUUCGUUUAUCGCUGUUGGUGUUCUGGAGAAGUCUAACCAUGCAACCACGAGUUCUACUGCGUUCCCACACGCUGAAAUCGCCAGUUUGGAGAAGAACAACUGGAUUCGAACAACAACCCAUCGAGAUGGGCAGUAUUUGCACCUCUCCUAUGUACGAGUCUAUGUUCUGCCGGACGAUGUUGGGCAGACGCAUGUGCAUCGGAAAAGUCCGGCGCUAAGAAGGGCUCUGCGAAAUAUCAUGUCGAAAGUCGAUCCUUCGCCUGAAGCUUGGAGAGGUGGUGCCCGAUUGGGGGAGAAAAUCAAGGCCAUCUCGCUUGAGAGUGCAGAAGACGAGUCACUGUGGUACAUAUUCAACACCCUGGAAAAUCCAUCACCGAGGGUGGAGAUGAUCAAAGACCCUUUCGCGAAGCACGCGAUCGUUGAUUUACUUUCGGCAUGCUCCGCUGAGGAGAACCGCAAUGAUGCGCCACAAACAUACAGUGGUAUUUUGGGCCUGAAAACUCCUCUAUAUCCUUAUCAGCGCCGAUCCGCGGCCACCAUGAUUCAACGAGAAGUCCAACCGCAUCAAAUGCUCGAUCCGCGCCUGCAGCCAUGCACAAGUCCCACAGGUCAGGAAUAUUACUAUGACCGAGAGAAGGGCGAUAUUGUCCGGGACAAGAGACUAUAUUCGGAGGCCUGUGGGGGUAUUCUCGCGGAGACUAUGGGUUGCGGAAAGACGUUGAUUUGUCUGGCUGUGAUUCUGGCUACAAGCGGCCACUUCCCGCAAAUUCCUUUGGAGUACCAAACAAUGCAUAACCCGGUACGAUCCCGGACUGGAAGCCUUCUGGAUAUGGCUGCGGCGGCGGCUGGUCGGCUUUCGCUGCCAUGGAAAGGUCAUUUUGACUCUUUGAGGAAGAUUGGGGAGCACUAUGACGAAUGUCUCAAGGCAUGCGAGGCCAACCGCGGUGCCUAUACCAUUCCCCCGGUACCAGGGAGACAUACUGGCCGCCAGAGCGCGGAGUAUCCUCGGCAAGCCGAAAUGCAUGUUCGUCUUUGUUCAGGGACAUUGAUUAUUGUACCGCCCAAUCUACUUGAUCACUGGGUUAGCGAGAUCUCCACCCACACGCAUGGGCUUAAGGUCCUGGUCCUGCGUUGCAAUACGGACACUCUUCCGGCGGUCGAAGAUCUGCUGACAUAUGAUAUCGUUCUUUUUUCAAGAAGUCGGUUUGAGAAAGAGGCUGGUGGCCACAGCAAUGGAGGGUGGGACCGUCGCAAGAAAGCCUCGCCUUUAACCAAGGUGCAUUGGCUGCGAGUCGUCGUCGACGAGGGACACAAUGUGGCUGGCCACGGGCACCAGACGACUAUGGCACACCUUCUCGAUCGGCUCCAUAUUGAAAGACGCUGGGUAGUAUCUGGAACACCAUCAAGCGGGCUAUACGGAGUGGAGGUUAGCCUGGCGUCUCAGGAAACACACACAGACGAUACCGACCUGACUGAAGCGACCACAGCUGCUCUACGCGGACGAAAGAAGACUAGCAAGACUAUUGGCCACGAGAUGAAAGACCUCGAUAACCUGCGCCAAAUCGUAGCCGGAUUCCUGGGCGUCAAGCCCUGGGCCAACCCGCAAAACAAUGAUCCCGCAAAAUGGGCAACGUAUAUUAAACCCAAGGGCACCGACGGUCAACGACGAAAGGCUCCAUCUCUGCGAGCUACAUUACAAAGCUUAGUUGUGCGACAUCGCCUAGAUGUUAUCCACAGUGAAAUUCCUCUACCCCGGCUGCAUAACAAGGUGGUUCAUCUGGAACCGACAUUUCACGACAAGCUGAGUUUGAACUUGUUCAUCUUCAUCUUAGCCGUAAAUGCCAUUACAUCAGAGAGGCAAGACCAGGAUUACAUGUUCCAUACGCGCAAUAGAAAGCAUCUAACUCGCGUGAUCAACAAUCUACGUCAAGCUGGAUUUUGGUGGGCGGGUUCGGAUUUUGAGUUGCAAGGAACUGUCGAUGUUGCGACAAAGUAUCUCGAAUGCAACAGAGAGAAGAUGACCGAAAGCGACAUUGAGAUACUUACACAAGGCAUUCAUGUUGCUCAGACGGCAUUAGGGUCUGUCAGCUGGAAUUCAUUCAAGAAAAUGCACGAGCUAGGUGUUUUUGUCGCAGGGUUCCCUCCUGAGGCUCGGAACUUCUGGGCGUUGGAUCCGGCACAGGCUCAUCGUGAGCCUCUUCUACUUGGGAUUUCCCAAGCUCGUCUCGCUCAGCAGUUCGUCACGAAGCACCUGCAAGCAUGCGAUCCAGCUGAAGGCCUGGCGGGUGCAGGUAUCAAGAUCCGCCAUGAGCUAUCAAACCGCGAUGGCUUUGAUACUUCGACAGCUGCACCGCAAAAGACAACACCUGAAAGCCCUGUCAAGCGCAAGUCAGCUAAGCAAACUUUUGAUAGAGGAAUUUUUAGGGAGCUUCCAUUCGAUUCGCCGCUAAUGGGAACCAAGCUAAUAGCUACCGCGUCCGCAAAGCUCACAUACCUGCUGGACCAGGUCCAGGAGCACCACAAGGCGGAGAAGAUUAUCAUCUUUUACGAUAAUAAUAAUUCGGCGUAUUGGAUAGCAGAAGGCAUGGAACUGCUUGGUAUUGAUUUUCGUAUCUAUGCCAACACUUUAAAGCCAGCUCUGCGUGAAGAGUACCUCACUCUGUUUCGAGAAUCCCAACAAGUUCGCGUCCUCUUGAUGGAUCUCCGACAAGCGUCGCACGGUCUACAUAUUGCUCAUGCCUCUCGAGUUUACAUCGUCAAUCCCAUCUGGCAGCCGAACGUUGAAAGCCAAGCCAUCAAACGUGCUCACCGGAUUGGCCAAACGCGUCCUGUCUUCGUGGAAACGCUUGUCCUACAAGACACACUUGAGGACAGGAUCCUCCGCCGCCGCAAGGCAAUGUCUGAUACCGAGAUCCAGAACGACCUCUUGGACGACAGCACAAUGAGCUCGAUCAUCCAGCACGAGCAGUUCAUCCCGAUGCCGUGCUGCGAAGACUCGGCAUCCCUCGCUUUCCUCCGCCACCCAACAGGCUUCUUCGACCGACAUCGCCUCCCGAUUCCGGACAGCGCGGAGGUUGAGAUUACACUCCCGCAGACUCCCACAACUCCGGUCAAGCGCAAGCGCAGCGGUGAAUCGUCGCAUCGUGGUGUUGGGUUCGGAUCUAGUGCUGGCUCUCCGAAGAGAAAGCGGUCGCCUUCACAGCUGCAGUUCCGUGAUGUUCAUGGGAUUAUCAUGGAAUCUCCUAAACGAACUGUAUCGCCUGCUUGA